AUGGACGGCGACAGACCUACUCCAGCUGAUACAGAUAUGCCUGGCGGCCGGGAGUUUUCACUUGCUGCCAACCGAGAAAACUCUAUAUCAGCUGCUAGAUCGUUAAAUGUCGGUACAGACGCGAUCCCAUCAACACAACGCGAUGAUGUGAAUUAUACCAAUGUUGAUGGUGCUGGUGGGAAUGCUAGACCGAGUGAUUCUAGUCCAUCUUCUUCUAAGAACACCAUUACAGCACAACAAGCUCAGCCACCCCCUGGCGAAAUAUCGUCUGAUGAGUCUGAGCAAACCGAGGUGGAACCUCGCUUCGAACCUAUUAAGUCGACGGCGGAACCAAAACUCGAACGCAAAGAGAGUGAAAUUAAAACAGAAGAUGAUUUGUUCCGUGUCCUCUCGCGGCGUCUUAAGGGUGCCGGCCUUGGAGCCAGCUUACAGCCUACGGUUGGCGAUAUCUUCCUUGACCUACCACGAUUCUUAUGGAAUUUGGUGACUAAAGGACCUAAAGCCGCCGCCGGGAAGCCCCCCGUAAGAGAACUGAUCAGUAACUUCAAUGGCUGUGUCCGACCUGGAGAAAUUUUGCUUGUCCUUGGUAGACCGGGAUCCGGCUGCACGACGUUCUUGAAAACCUUCUGUAAUCAGCGAGCAGGUUUCGAAGACGUUUUAGGAGAUGUAACUUACGGUGGUACGGAUGCGAAGCGCAUGGCUAAGGAUUUCAGGGGCGAAAUCAUUUACAAUCCGGAAGAUGACUUACAUUAUGCUACAUUGACAGUCAAGCAUACCCUCACCUUCGCUCUCCGGACUCGUACCCCUGGAAAGGAAUCGCGAAUGGAAGGCGAGAGUAGAGAAGACUACGUAAGGGAAUUUCUCAGGGUGGCUGCAAAGCUGCUUUGGAUUGAGCAUACAAUGGAUACCAAGGUCGGAAAUGAGUAUAUUAGGGGGGUUUCUGGUGGAGAGCGCAAGCGAGUCAGUAUUGCCGAGGCACUCAUUACUCGAGCCAGUGUUCAAGGUUGGGACAACUCGAGUAAGGGACUGGAUGCAUCGACCGCUGUCGAGUACGUCCAGUCAUUACGAGCACUUACGAACAUGGCCCAGGUCUCCACUGCUGUUUCGCUGUACCAAGCUGGCGAAUCUUUAUACAACCUUGUCGACAAAGUCUUAUUAAUUGACAAUGGCCAAUGCUUGUACUAUGGACCCUCUGAUGGCGCCAAACAGUAUUUCCUGGAUCUUGGGUUUGAUUGUCCUGAUCGGUGGACCACGGCCGAUUUUCUUACGUCCGUUACCGACCCCCACGAGCGUAGUGUCAGGUCGGGAUGGGAAGAUCGAAUCCCACGAUCAGCCCAAGAAUUCGCCGAUAUCUUCAGGAAAAGUGAAGCUUACCAGCGUAACCUUGAUGAUAUCCAGGAUUACGAAGCUCAUCUCGAAGAGCAGCAGCUUGCUCGGGCCGAGAAUACGUCAGAAAAGAACGAGAAAAAGAAUUAUACUAUAUCAUUUCCCCAACAAGUGAUCGCUCUUACCAAACGUCAAGCCCUAAUUAUGCUGGGAGAUAAAGCGUCACUUAUAGGAAAAUGGGGUGGUAUCAUCUUCCAGAGCCUUAUAGUGGGAAGUUUAUUCUACCAACUCCCACCUACAGCAGCGGGUGCCUUCACGCGAGGCGGUGUCUUGUUCUUUAUUUUGAUGUUCAACGCGUUAAUGGCGCUUGCUGAACAGACUGCGGCAUUCGAAUCCAAACCUAUCUUGCUCAAGCACAAGAACUUUUCAUUCUAUCGACCUUCCGCCUACGCCUUGGCGCAAACUGUCGUGGACAUACCCUUAGUCUUCAUUCAGGUGUUUCUAUUCGAUAUCAUUAUCUACUGGAUGGCAGGCCUUUCCGCCACCCCAUCUCAAUUCUUCAUCUCGCUUCUGAUUCUGUGGAUGAUUACAAUGACGACCUACGCCUUCUUCCGUGCUAUUUCCGCAAUUUUCAAGACCUUGGACGAUGCCACCAAGGUGACCGGUGUCGCAAUUCAGGUUAUCAUUGUUUAUACCGGAUACCUAAUCCCGCCUUCGUCAAUGCACCCGUGGUUUAGUUGGCUACGCUGGGUUAAUUGGCUCCAGUAUGGGUUUGAGUGUCUCAUGUCCAAUGAGUUCUACAACCUAGAACUGGAUUGUGUAGUCCCAUUCCUCGUCCCUAAUGGUGUCGAAGGUGCUGAACCACAAUAUCAAUCAUGCACAUUAGCAGGCUCAAGACCUGGUGAGAUUGUUGUUAAUGGAGGAGAUUAUAUUCAGGCAUCAUUUAAUUAUUCGCGCGGUCAUCUUUGGCGGAAUUUCGGCUUCUUGUGGGCUUUCUUCGGUUUCUUCCUUGCCAUAGCAAUGAUAGGCAUGGAGAGGAUGAAACCUAAUGCCGGAGGCGCUUCCGUCACGGUCUUCAAGCGAGGACAGGUUCCAAAGAGUCUCCAGAAAUCUAUUGAGACCGGAGGCCGUAAAGGUAAUAAAAGUGACGAGGAAGCCGCAAGUUCUAGAGAGAAAGUUACUAUUCCUGAAGAAGCCUCUGCAGCACAAGAAGGACGAGACAAAGAAGCUAUGCAGACAGUCGCCAAGAACGAGACAAUAUUCACAUUUCAAAACGUCAACUAUACCAUUCCUUUCCAGGGUGGCGAGAGAAAGCUACUACAAAAUGUUCAGGGUUUUGUCAGACCGGGGAAGCUGACAGCCCUUAUGGGAGCUUCUGGAGCCGGAAAAACGACAUUAUUGAAUACUUUGGCUCAGAGGAUUACGUUUGGUGUCGUGACAGGCGACUUCUUGGUAGACGGAAGACCCCUUCCAAAAUCAUUCCAGAGGGCCACAGGGUUUGCGGAGCAGCUUGAUAUCCACGAGCCAACUGCAACUGUGCGCGAGGCCCUACAGUUUUCUGCACUUCUCCGUCAACCAAAGGAAGUGUCAAAAAAGGAGAAGUAUGCUUACUGUGAAACGAUUAUCGAACUGCUUGAAAUGCAAGAUAUCGCCGGAGCAACAAUAGGAGUGGUCGGCGAGGGUCUUAACGCAGAGCAGCGCAAGAGACUUACCAUUGGUGUUGAACUUGCAUCAAAGCCAGAGUUACUGAUGUUCCUAGACGAGCCCACAUCCGGUCUCGAUUCAGGGGCAGCAUUCAAUAUCGUUAGAUUUUUGCGUAAGUUGGCUGAUGCCGGCCAGGCCAUCUUGUGUACCAUUCAUCAGCCUUCUGCCGUGCUUUUCGAAAAUUUUGACGAAUUGAUUUUGCUCAAAUCCGGAGGCCGCGUAGCGUACGCAGGCGAGCUGGGAAAGGACAGUCAGAAGCUGAUCAAAUAUUUUGAGUCUAACGGUAGCCCGAAAUGUCCUCCUAAUGCAAACCCGGCCGAGUGGAUGCUGGAGGCUAUCGGAGCUGGAAAUCCGGAUUACUCAGGCCAAGACUGGGGCGACACCUGGUUACAAUCUAAAAACUUUAAAGACCAGUCGAGCGAAAUAACUCAGAUGAAUGAGAAGCGGCGGAAUGUUCAACAUUCGAAGAACAUCCAGGAUGACCGCGAAUAUGCCAUGCCUCUAUCGACCCAGAUAACGGCGGUCGUCAAGCGUUCCUUCGUUGCUUAUUGGAGAUCACCAAACUACAUCAUGGGCAAGAUGAUUUUGCAUAUAUUCACUGGUCUUUUUAAUACCUUCACAUUCUGGCGUCUAGGUGAUGCUAGCAUCGACAUGCAAUCCCGCCUAUUCUCAAUCUUUAUGAACCUUACGAUCUCGCCCCCACUAAUUCAACAGCUUCAACCCGUAUUUCUCAACUCACGAAAUAUUUUCCAGUCUCGCGAGAACAACGCAAAGAUUUACUCGUGGGUUGCGUGGACUACGGCUGCAGUGCUGGUAGAAAUACCUUAUGCUAUCGUGGGAGGCGCCAUCUACUACAACUGCUGGUGGUGGGGAUUGAUGGGCUAUAAAAUGACUGGCUUCCCAUCCGGGUUUACCUUCCUGUGCAUGAUGAUUUUCGAGCUGUACUACGUCAGCUUCGGCCAGGCCAUUGCGGCCUUCAGUCCUAACCAACUUCUAGCAAGUCUGUUCGUCCCCCUCUUCUUCCUUUUCGUCGUGGCUUUCUGUGGCGUGUCCGUGCCGCCGGCUUCGCUCCCAUACUUCUGGCAGAAGUGGAUGUAUCCGCUCACCCCCUUCCACUACCUAUUGGAAGCCUUCGUCGCUGUCGCCAUCCACGAUAAACCUGUCACGUGUAAGCCGAACGAGCUCGCACGCUUCCGCCCUCCUCCUGACAUGAGCUGUGAAUCGUACACCGAGGCUUAUUCUGCACGAGCGAGUGGAAUAUUGCAGAGCGUCUCAAAUGAUGGCCUCUGCGAAUACUGCCAAUACAAGAACGGGGACGAGUUCGGGACACAGUUCAGCGUUUACUACAGCAAUAUCUGGCGCGACUUUGGCAUCGUCUGGGCUUACAUCGUGUUCAAUUACGCUGUGGUUUACUUUGCUACGUACCUAAGGUUCAGGGGCAAGAACCCCAUUAGCGGGUUCCUGGCGAAGAGAAAGCAGAGGAAAGCGUGA